GUCUUCGUGAAGAAUCGGGCGUACUUCUUGUUCGUCAAUGCGCGCGAGAAGAUGGCCGAGGUGUGGCGGAAGUCAGGAGAGUUCUCGGGAGAGUCCUUGUUCAACCACUGCAUGCGCUCCUUGGAUGGCCUCGACUUAGAGCAGAUGGCAGUGGCCUUCGCUUUCCACGACUUCGGCUUGACAAAGACCAGCCAAGCAGAAAACGAUGAGUCGAUGUACCCCUUUGAGGUUCGUGGGGCUCGAAGGUGCCUGCGCUUUGCCUUGAAAGAGACGCAGAUGACCCAGCAGCAAAUCAAGGUGAUGUAUGAGGCUAUGCGCCUUCACACAGCGCUCGGUUUUGAAAAGCCCACGGAGCUGGCGGGCCUCAUAACCCUGGGUACGUGCUGUGACGUGGUGGGCUACCGCUGCGAGGACCUCUCCAAGAAGACCAAAACCAACAUCCUUACGGCAUAUCCGCGGCUGAAGUGCAAGGACGUAGUGAUCAAAGCCUUUGCCGACGAUGCCAAGAUGCCUCACCCAUCUCCCGUGAUGAGGCGGUACCAGCGAGAGUACUUCUUUAACCUCCUGGUGCGCAUG